CAAAAGAUCAAAUUUUCAAACCCAAAAAUCAAAUCUUGUUGUAUCAUAUCACAGAAGCUAUAUGAUUUUCAGAUAUACACGAGCAAAACCCAAAAUUUAUAAACCCUUCUGCAAUUGGAUAGAAGAAGAAGAAGAAGAGGAAGAGGAAGAGAUGCUAUGUGCAUAUAUCUCUUGUUGGGCAUGGACGGGCCAAAGUCCAGUCAUUAGAGCACCAAAUUCAGAGCCUAAGCUUUCAAUUUCAAGAACUGCUCCUCCGGCUCUCGGAGGUAGAUGUGAUCGUGGUGAGAGCUCAAGUAUGGAACUUCCUGUACCUGCUCAAGUGAAGCCCAUAACCAGCACGUCGAACCCAUUUGUGAAACACUGCCUCAAGCUUCGCCUCAGCUCUUCUUACCGCCACUCUCAUGGUUCGGCUGUCGUUGUUGGCACUACCCCUAUCAGGGAAAUAUACAGGUAUAAGGAAUCCAAGCAAGAGCCACCUGCUACCAUAGAUUGUUUACUUCUACUUGAUAAAGCUGAGAUUCCUGAUGGUUUAGAGGAUCUCCCUAUUCGUACCAUUCGUGUUGGCUCCAUGGUGAUGAAGAAACUCUCCGGAUUGCAGUCGACUGAAUCUAUUGAGACAAUUUGCAUAAUGAAAAUUCCUUCGACAUUCUAUAAUUUAGAUGACAACUGGCAGGAGGCAGACUGCCAAGGAUGGUUUCCAUCUCUACAUCGAAUCCUAGUCCUUGAUGGGAUCCAGGAUCCUGGUAACCUUGGCACAUUACUUAGAUCAGCAAUGGCCUUUAGAUGGGGUGGUGUAUUCUUACUUCCCGGUUGUUGUGAUCCAUUCAAUGAGAAAGCACUUCGAGCUAGCCGAGGGGCCUCCUUUCAGCUCCCUAUAGUUUCUGGCUCGUGGGCUCAUCUAGAAGCUCUCGCGAACCAAUUUGGUUUGAAGAUUUUGGCGGGUCAUCCUGAGAGCAGUGAACUAUCGAAGCAGCCAGUGUGUCGUCUUUCCCAGAGGCUUGCAGAUUCCUUAGCCAAUCUUCCAUUGUGCUUGGUUCUGGGUAGCGAAGGGGGUGGCCUUUCUGAGAAAGCUAGGCAGGUGUCUGAGCUUGUAAGCAUCCCAAUGGCAGGGGAAUUCGAGUCCCUUAAUGUCUCGGUUGCUGGUGGCAUUUUCUUGUAUAUGCUACAGCCUGAGGACCAGAGACUUUUGUGACACUUUCAAUGAGUAAUCAUGCUAGACCCUGGGUCUAGUUCUGUUGCUUCGGGAACUAACAAUGAAUGCAGAUAGAGCAAAGUUGACAUUUGAGAAGAAAAGAAACGAGAAGGCGUGAAGAAUAGGUUCAUCCAAAGUUACUUGAAAUUGCAGUUACAGGUACAGGGCUUGCUGCAGCUCACUUGGAGCAUGGUGGAUGGUCUAGUGAAGACACGGACACUCCAUCCCUGAUGAUGCAUGAUAGCGUCCAUCUCAGGCAUGAGAAGCAACUUGAAUGUUCUAUUUGAUUUGAGUAGCUUGGAUGAUGACUGAUAAAAAAUUAAUAAAUGAAGGCUAAAUUCAUAUUUUUAUUUUUA